AUGGCACGUCCGAAAUUUAUCGAGAUCCCCUCCAAUGAUUCCCGAGCCAGCAGUUCGCUCUCCAAGCACUCCCACCUUUCACCCCGAAUCCAACAUUUCGACGGCGAUGUUCCUCCAGCCCUGUCACCACUGGAUGCCAUCGCGGCAAGAAGUCGCAGAAUGGCGAAAGAGCUGGAAGAAACCAGAAAAGCAGGAGAGCGACGGAUGAGCAGGCUGCCCCCUCAAGUCGUGACUGAGUCGUUGACCGAACAUCAAAACAACCGUCCGCCCAUUUUCCGAGCAUUGUCUGACGGCCUUGACACUGUUCCACCUCUUCCAACGAUUGAGAAAGAUGGAAGAGCAGGGAUUCUUCCCAAACUUGCAAACCCCCUAGACAGGCCGACUUCGCAACACGUCCGCAUGAGUGCCGUUUUCAAGCAAGAGGAUGACCGACAAGGCAGAGAGACGACUCAUCAAGAAGACUACUUUGGGGUUCCUCGGGUCGACUCGCCUGCCGCGAUGGACGCUCAUCGCACCUUUUUGCGGUCGCAAAACGUGGAAAACUCAGCCGCUGAUGAUGACUUUGUAUCUCGACAGCUUUCGGAUAGAUCUCAACCCGGUGAUCAGGUGCAGAGUUUGGCGCCACCCCGGUCACAUCCUGACAGAUUACGGCCAUAUCAAGAUGCUUCCGACGAUGAUUAUAAUAGCUCGACCGCGGGCUCGACGUUUUCACCCUCUAGAAAACCAUCUUCCAGCAGCGGAAUGUCUGCUCCUCAGUCUCCAGUCUCGGCUUAUGCAUAUUCCCAUGGUCGGUCUCCGUCAAACCAAUCUUUAGGCUCGCCAAGCCGAUCUUCCUUUGCACGCAACUUCUCUCGACCAUUGAGCUCGUCCAGUAUGAGCAAUCUCAAGACCGAAAAGAGUCCGUCGAAAGGCCCGUGGGCUGCACAGAUGAGUCAUUUGCGAAACGCAAGCUCGUUCGACGACUCGAGACCACCCGAGGGGUACAUCUCCGGUGAGGCAUCGUCCUACACUCAUGCCACGUAUAGUCUUCCACGAGGUCGAAAGAUAUCCGAACGGAACUCUGGCGUCUUUUCCGGUCUUUCACAGCCAAAUUUUGAAUGGCAAGAGCCUAUUUUCUCCGGUACACCCCCUCUGGAGGAGAAGGAGAGCAGCGAGCUUGGUGCUCCUUUGCCCGGAGCAUCCACAAGCCGAGAAGAUGAACAGGGAGAGAGGUCCGGUUUCUCUUUCGAUUAUGAUAUCGAACGAUCGUUGGCCCCGGAGAAUCAGUCCAGACCGCCUUCCAGCUCAUAUACACCGACCGGAUCUCUAAGGUCUAACGAUUCGUCUAAUCAGAGGCCGUCGACCGGAGAAAGGCCCAUGGUGGCUGCCUUUAUGAUGCCACCCAUGCCGUUGUCGCCUGUCGAAGAAGCGUCACAAUCAUCGAGAUCCAAUAGUACCGUUCGACCUACCACUGCUCGGACUGUCAGCAACUACCAAGCUCUAUCGGCCGAGGAACACGUGACGAAAGCCAUCGAGCUUCACGAACAUGGAGAUCUGAAAGAAUCAACAUAUCAUCUUCGAAUAGCCGCCAACAAAGGCCACCCGACUGGGAUGCUGUUGUAUGCUCUGGCCUGUCGUCACGGAUGGGGAAUCAGGCCCAACCAAAAGGAAGGUGUCAAAUGGCUGCGCAAAGCUGUGGAUUCGGCCAUGCUGGAGAUCGCCGAUGACGAGAAUCCAGCCAUGCGAAAGCCAGGGACCGAUUUCAAUGACAAGAAGACACAUCGCGCGCAGUUUGCGUUGAGUAUCUACGAACUCGGUAUGUCGCAUCUCAACGGCUGGGGCAUUGAGCAGGACAAAGCGCUUGCAUUGAGAUGUUUUGAAGUUGCUGGAAAUUGGGGCGAUACAGACGCACUGACUGAGGCCGGCUUCUGCUACGCCGAGGGCAUUGGCUGUAAGAAAGAUCUGAAGAAAGCAGCCAAAUUCUACCGUAUGGCAGAAGCGCAGGGUGUGAGCAUGAUCGGCAACAGCUGGAUUCACAAGGAGAAAUACAACGACCCUGAUGACGAAGCGGGUCGGGCCAGGUCUUCAGGGAAGACUGUGUCGGAAAAGCCGCGCAGCAAAUCCAAAUCGCGCAGUAUUUUUGGCCGGAAGAAGUCUACGACUGCCUAG